AUGAUUGCCGUCUCGAAUCUUGGAUCUUCAAUCUACCCUACCUACAACUCUACCAUACUCUUCUCCCUAUCGCUCAUUCUCAUCCCAUCCGCCCACUUCAUUCAUCUAAAGAAUUGUCUAUGAAAUAGAAAAGAAAAAAAAGAAGAAAAGAAGAAAAGAAGAAAAGAACAAAAGAAGAAAAAGAGAAAAGAAAAAAUAGAUCCUUUCAGGCAUAAGCAACGAAGACGCCUAUUCUUUAAUUUAUUUCCUUCCUUUUAACUUGUGGUGUAUUUGUUUUUAUAUUUAGUAUUCAAUCUUUUCUCCCUCUUUUAUCUUUUAUUAUACCUUCUUGGGUAAUUUUUACUUUUCCCCUCCUCCCCUUCAUCAUCAUUCAUCUUUUUGUUUAUAUCUUUUCCACCACCGCUACGUACUAGGCUCUACUUUUAGUAUUUGUUCUAUAUCACAGCACCACCACCACUACUACUACUACUGCUACUACUGCUACUACUGCUACUACGACUACUACUAUUAUCCCUAUUCAUUUCCUGCUCAACAUUCAAUACUCAAUACUCGAUACCCAGUAUCCAGAAAUCACUUCGGAUUCCUUCUUCAUUUUCCAAUUGACGCCCGCUCGCAUACACGUACGCAUGAAUCGCAUCUAUUCCCUUCUUCCUUGACACGCAUUUAUUCUGUCCCCUUUCUCUAUUCAACCACUCGAAUUAUAUUGAAAUCGAAUCCCUUUCGUCGAGACAUCUCGCUCAUACCUCAUCUUUCUUUCUACUCGUCUACUCCACCGUAGGAGUUAAACUCUUUGACACGAUCGAUAAAGGUUCACGACCCACUACUACACACUACCCAGGUACUUUUACACUACCCAACCUACCUAGCUUCUCAUACUUCUCAAAAUAAUCUACUCUACUUGCCCUAAAUUUGCCCCUCCCAUUCAUCAGUCAUGUCUCUACGCCACGGCUGAUCUACCGUGGCAACUAGGAAAUAUUUAUGAGAACACUAUGUUUUAGCUGCCGCGAGAAUUUCUGGCUAAUAUUGAUGUGAAGUAACGCAUUACAGCAAGACCCGCCCCAAGUUUAUCGAUUUUUAGAUCAACAUUUGAUUCCAUUUCGCUUCCCGCAAGCUCUAUCGAUCAGACACAUUCAGCGAAUAAACUCAUUGGAGCAUCAUCUCGAUAGAGUUCAUUCUCAAGACGCCUCUUUCUUUGCUCUCGAGUUUCAACUGUCGAUCUUUUGACGACGGCGCUUUAUGAUAGGGAAGAGAAAGUUGAUACACCCUUGUGGUCAAAACUACAUCCGAACUUUAGCCCUUCAGCAGAAUUUAUUUCCUUCAGUCACUUUAUGAAGGAACCAGAUAUUGGCACUAUAAAGGGAGAUUACAUCUCAACAACCUUCCAGGGGAUCUAUUUACCACUAAAUCGUGGAGCUAACAUUACAUCCGAAAGACGGCCAUCUAAAACCAGAAACGACUUUUUAGCAACUAGGUGGAGAAGGCAUUUAUCCUAGGAGGCGGGAAGCUAGAAACUGGAAAUUGGAAACUCUCACGUAUAUCUCUGGACACGAGUAUCCAGAGGCAGCCUGCUGUAUGACUGACUUGUCAGAAAUCUUUGCGGAGUUGGGCAUCUCUCAUUACCUCCACAGCUUUCUUGAGCAAGGGUUUGAUACAUGGGACACAAUACUGGACAUAACGGAGUCCGAUUUCGAUGCCCUUGGUGUGAAACUCGGCCAUCGUCGGAAACUUCAGAGGAAGAUUGCCAAUUCAAGGGGUCUGUCUUCAGAUCGAGCUCUUGCAUCUCCCUCGAGCACAACGCCAGGUGACACUCAUGGAGAUGAACCAAAAGUAGGAGGGGGGAGAGACGCUAAGGAUGGAGGUAGUGGACCGCAUGGAGCGAAGCGAAAGUAUAGAAGGCAUCCCAAAACAGACGAGAAUGCACCAGAGCGACCACCAUCGGCAUAUGUCAUAUUUUCGAAUAAAAUGCGCGAAGAUUUAAAGGGGCGAAAUUUAUCCUUCACGGAAAUAGCUAAAUUAGUAGGGGAGAAUUGGCAAAAUUUAUCACCUGCCGAGAAGGAACCAUAUGAGCAAUCGGCAUACAAAGCCAAAGAGCGUUACAAUAACGAAUUGGCCGAAUACAAAAAGACACAGAGUUUCAAAGACUAUUCGCAAUACCUCGCCGAUUUCAAACAAAAGCAGAACCAGCAAUUAGCGACUGAGAUGGAUGUUACGAAAAGGCCCAAACUCGAAGCCCAUUUUAGUACAGCGAGCAGUGGAACAGCAAGCAGUGGUGGCAGUCAGGCCGGGGCAGAAUUUUCCUUGGGUCGCAUGCGCGUAGAUUCCUCGGCAUCAUCGAUUUCUCCAUGGCAUGCAUCAACCUCUCCCUCGUCCGCUGUCAUGACACCCACCGUGCCAGGCCCGGCGAAUGGUCAUAAAGUACCAGGAAUACAAAGUAGGCUAGGUCCAGGGUCACCAACCGAGAUGCCGAAGGUCCUCCCUGGUUAUCGCGAGGCUAUGUUAGGGUCAGGAGGAUCACCGAUCGAUACGCCGAAGGUUCUUGCCGGUUACCGGGAGUCUAUCUUGGGCCCAGGAGCGCAGCAGUGGCGAGAAGAUCAUCGAGAUGAAGGCAGCAUUGCGCAACAAAUGACCCACGCAAAUAGCAUCGAAUCGCGCUUCGGUCAAUCAAGUCCCGCCACUGCCGCAAUGCAAGAUCAUUCGAAUUCGAACGAUUCCAAACAGCAUCGCCGCAACCCCCAAAGUAACCAAAAUCCUCCCCCGCCAUCACUUACUUCGGAAUCAACCGUACAAUCCUCCGGCUCUGUAGCUAGUAACUCCUCUAUGUACGCGGGACCUCGAACACCAUUAGAACCAGAUUUAAACCGAGCUCUACCCAUUCCUUCAUUGUAUCCUCAGAAAUCUGGAAGCUACGACGGCCAAUUACCAUUUCUAUCGGGUCAUCCAUCCUUAUCACCCCAGAACUCUCUACCCGGAUCUCAACAAUGUACCAAUGGUUCGUGACAAUUCUAUCAUGUUUUCUUUGUAUCCCCCAGCUUUCUUUACACAUUUACCAUAAGUUACUAGUAGCUAAUCAAAUACAAUAGUCAAUCAAAUCAAGGAUUUUUCCACUACAAUGCCACCGAUUAGACGAUACAGUGAAGUUCCCCAGAGUUUCUCGAACACUAUGGAUAGUAUAAUGGGCAGAUCCAACAAACACACGUCUGAUAGUUCGCAUCCUCAAUCGGCAAAUAAUUAUGUUUUGGCCGCGGAAGAGAUCGACCUUGACCCUAUCAAUGCCUUGUUAAGGGCGGGAGAGAUUGUGAAUCGCACCAGUCGUGAGAGACAAUUUUAAUUGUUGAUUGGUUCUCAGAUAUUUCAAACAGCUUAAAGGGCGUGGCACGUAUAUGGGAGAACAAGAAUCGACAUUUCUGCUUAAAUUUUUCUCGGUGGGUCUUUUUUUUUCGGCGUACGGGAUCUUAGGUUUGGAUGGAGCCUGGAGUCGUUGGGGCAUCAAGGGCACUCAUGAUUAUGAUUCCCUGAAAGGUUUUUAUGACAUACUGCCCUUGUUACUAGACAUGAGACUGCAUUGUAUGAUUUCAAAGAUAAAUUGGAUUGACAGGCAGAUGUGGAUGUAUUCUUGAAAGACCUUUCAGAGUAUUCUAUAACUGGAAGAUGAUGAUCAUCCGUUUUUAUAUAUACAUAUAUUUUUCUAACUUAUCCGAUUAUAUUAUAAGCGCGAAUAUUCACUCUCCAGGCACUACUCUGAUGUACAUAGGAAAAUUGGAACCAGUGUGCUGGAAGGGAAGAAAUCUUUGGGGAUUCAAAGGGAAUGCAAAGGGAAUGCAAGCUUGGGAGAAAGACGAAAUUUUCGGAAUUCGAGAGAAGCUGAAGCGAGCGCAUCUCCCAUUUUAUGACAUGAUAUGAUGGAUGAUAUGAUGUCACUUUUAGAUGCAGGGGAUUUCCUCUUUGCAAAGUA